CGCGCGUUGAUCAAGUUACCGCAUCCGUAGCCAUGACGUCGCUCUCGUUGUCGCUGUCGCUGGACGCGCGCCGCCACUCGCUGUCCGGGAGCUGCAAGCUCAGCUACCUGGCGUCGCUGGCCGAGGACGUGGAGGAGCCCGCGGCGCUGCCCAUGCCCGACGAGCCCGUGGACGACCAUCACCCGCUCGUGCUGGCCGCGUGCCACGACGACGAGCCGCUGCUGGCGCUCGAGCACCGCUCCAAGUCCGAGAGCUUCAUCUGCACGGCGCAGGGCAUCGUGUUCGAGGACACCAAGUGCCAGAGGUACCAGUCCAAGAUCGACAGCCUUGUGGCGCUGGCCGCCAGCUCCUCCAGCUCGCAGAGCAACGUGCUGCUGGCCAAGAAGGCGCUGCGCUACCGCAAGGUCAUGGAGCGCCGCCGCAUCAUCGAGUGACUGGGAGAAAUCCGUGAAAAGGCUCGCGUUGCCAGGAGGCCGUCGGCGCAAAAUUAGACGCUGCGUCGCCUUGACGGCCCUGGAAAAGUCAGGAGGGUCACCCCGUUUCGCGACGCUGUAGGCUCCGCUCCCGCCCUGGUGGCUGCAGAUGAAGCAGCCACUGCUGCUGGGAGCGAUAU